AUUUUUAUGAAAUAAUCAAAUAUGGCAAAACCUAUACCAAAAAUGGGUUCGCGUAAAAAUGGACGUAUUGGUUCGCGUAAGCAUGCUCAUAAAAUACCAAAGGGAGUUAUUCAUGUUCAAGCUAGUUUUAACAAUACUAUUGUGACUGUUACAGAUGUACGUGGUCGGGUUAUUUCUUGGUCCUCCGCCGGUACUUGUGGAUUCAAGGGUACACGAAGGGGUACACCAUUUGCCGCUCAAACCGCAGCAGGAAAUGCUAUUCGAACAGUAGCGGAUCAAGGCAUGCAACGAGCAGAAGUCAUGAUAAAAGGCCCCGGUCUCGGAAGAGAUGCGGCAUUAAGAGCUAUUCGUAGAAGUGGUAUACUAUUAAAUUUUAUACGGGAUGUAACCCCUAUGCCACAUAAUGGAUGUAGGUCUCCGAAAAAAAGACGUUGGAAGUGUGUUGAAUCAAGAGUAGACAGUAAACGUCUUUAUUAUGGACGCUUUAUUCUGUCUCCACUUAUGAAAGGCCAAGCCGAUACAAUAGGCAUUGCAGUGCGAAGAGUUUUGCUAGGAGAAAUAGAGGGAACAUGUAUUACACGUGCAAAAUCGGAGAAAAUACCACAUGAAUAUUCUACCAUAGUAGGUAUUCAAGAAUCAGUACAUGAAAUUUUAAUGAAUUUGAAAGAAAUUGUAUUGAGAAGUAAUCUGUAUGGAACUCAAGACGCAUCUAUUUGUUUCAAAGGUCCUGGAUAUAUAACUGCUCAAGACAUCAUUUUACCACCUUCUGUGGAAAUCAUUGAUAAUACACAACAUAUAGCCAACCUAACAGAACCUAUUAAUUUGUGUAUUGGAUUAAAAAUUGAGAGGAAUCGCGGAUAUCGUAUAAAAACACUAAAAAACUUUCAAGACGGAAGUUUUCCCAUAGAUGCUGUAUUCAUGCCUGUUCGAAAUGUAAAUCAUAGUAUUCAUUCCUAUGGGAAUGGGAAAAAAAAACAAGAGAUACUCUUUCUCGAAAUAUGGACAAAUGGGAAAGAAGAUCCCUUUCAUUUAGAAAAAAAUCAACACAAGGUUACUUUACCCCUUUUUACUUUUCAUGAUAUAUUGGCUAAGGAUAAACUGAGGAAAAAUAAAAAAGGAAUAGCAUUGAAAUCCAUUUUUAUUGACCAAUUAGAAUUGCCUCCCAAGAUCUAUAAUUGUCUCAAAAGAUCCAAUAUUCAUACAUUAUUAGAACUUUUGAAUAAUAGUCAAGAAGACCUUAUGGAAAUGGAACAUUUUCGUGUAGAAGAUGUAAAACAUAUAUUAGACAUUUUAGAAAUAGAAAAGCAUUUCGCAUAAAUUUGAAAUCCAUUGGCAUUGGUUUUUUUUUUUUCAUAUUUUUAUUAUUUAUAAAAAUAAAGGUGAAAAUGUGUAAUUUGAAUCCUUAGAAUAAAUCCAUAUACUCGGAAUAGGCCAAAAGAUGUAUCUAGGGAUUAGUCGUUUCAAAAUGAAUUCUCCCUAGAUACACAAUAUACAUGGCAUGAUAUUUUAUUUCACAAUUGAAUCCAUUUAAUUAAAAAGUUUAAAAAAGACCUAAAAUUAGAGAUUUCUCAAUAGGUAAUGUUGCUCCAAUACCCAACCAAAGGGCUACUAUGGUACCAAUUAAAAAGAUGGUUGUUGCUACUGGACGGCGAAAUGGGUUUUGGAAUUUAUUAACAUUUUCCAAAAAGGGUACUGUUAAUAAUCCCAUAGGUACCGAAACCAUUAAAAGAACGCCUAAUAACUUAUUGGGCACUGUACGAAGUAUUUGAAAUACGGGAAAGAAAUACCAUUCGGGUAGUAUUUCCAAAGGAGUUGCAAAUGGAUCCGCGGGUUCUCCAAUCAUUGAUGGUUCUAGAACCGCUAAUCCUACGUUACAGGCAAUAGUACCCAGAAUUACUACUGGAAAAAUAUAUAAAAGAUCAUUGGGCCAUGCAGGUUCUCCAUAAUAAUUAUGACCCAUUCCUUUAGCCAAUUUAGCUCUUAAUACAGGAUCAUUCAAGUCAGGUUUUUUUGUUAUUAGGAUAGGUGAAUUCUUAUAGAUCCAUCCUCCGAAAGAACCGGACAUGAUAAUUUUUCAUCAUCCGGCUCGAGCACGAAUCAAACAUUUCGAAUGUAUCCAUAGAAAAAAUGCAUAUGUUAUCCACACAUAUAGAAAGAUUCCAUGUAAGAAAAUAAACCUUAUUUUCUUCUCCGAAGUUACAAUUAUCUUAUCUGCAAAAAAAAAAAAUUAAGUUCUUUUAUUAUUAAGUAAACUUAAGUAAACGCUCAAUACCCAAGUAGGCUUUCAAAGUGAAUAGUGCUUUUUGGGUGAUCUCAAACCUUGCAAUUCUUACCCCCCCCCCAAAAAAAAAAUCUUGGAACUUUUUACGUACAAAGGAUUUACUUGUUACUAAUAUAAUCUAACCCCUGUUCUUCUUUAGAUCCACUUGGUUUACUCCGAUAGUAUCAUAAAUCGAGUCAAUGCAUAGGAAAUGAAUGCAUUUCCAUACUAUUAAGUUCAGUGAAAUAGAGAAAAUAUAAUUCAGAUUAUCCCACAUCACUUUUUUUACUGGAUGUUACGGAGCCUGUUCAUGCAGGAUAUGAUCGAGUCUGAUCAUAGAAAAGAUUCUUUACAAGUGAAACCAGCCUAUCCUCUGUAGGGACGGACCUUGCGUGGUAGUUGGAAUAAAGACACAUUGAAUUGUAAAUUCAAAUGUGGCAGAUAAGAGAAAAUCAUAUAUCUGCGUGGCCCAAUCAAUAGUUCAAGUCACACACUCCCAUAAUCCAUUUCUUCUUCGUAGAAUUCCCUUCAACUAUUCGUGUAUGUAAAAAAUAAUAAUAAUCCAAUUUUGUUAAAUUGAAGGAAAAUAUCCAAAUACAUGUCUUAUUCUUUUAAAUAAUCCAUAUUUGUAGCAAUGAAAUAUAUUCCUCCCCCAAAUAAGAAAUGAUUAAUUACAAAUAUCUAUGAUUCAUAUUUACUAUAAAGGACCAGAAAUGCCUUGCUUACGUAUCAUUGGAAAGUGCAUUAACAUAAAUACGGCAGUAAGAAGAGGUAAUACAAAAGUAUGCAAACUAUAAAAACGAGUCAAGGUGGAUUGUCCCACACUAGAACUUCCGCGUAAUAACUCUACCAAAGAGGAUCCUAUUACAGGAAUAGCUUCGGGCACGCCUGUUACAAUUUUGACUGCCCAAUAACCAAUUUGAUCCCAAGGUAAGGAAUAACCAGUUACACCAAAAGAUGCGGUCAAUACAGCCAAAACUACACCGGUAACCCAAGUUAAUUCGCGAGGUUUUUUAAAGCCACCUGUGAGAUACACGCGAAAUACGUGCAGAAUCAUCAUUAAGACCAUCAUACUUGCCGACCAUCGAUGAACUGAUCGGAUUAACCAACCAAAGUUAGCCUCCGUCAUUAUAUAUUGAACAGAAGCAAAAGCUUCAGUAACAGUCGGACGAUAAUAAAAAGUCAUAGCAAAUCCCGUCGCUACUUGGACUAAAAAACAAGUAAGUGUAAUUCCUCCUAAACAAUAAAAUAUGUUUACAUGGGGAGGAACGUAUUUACUGGUUAUAUCAUCGACAAUCGCCUGAAUCUCAAGACGUUCUUCGAACCAAUCAUAGACUUUAUUGAGAUAGGUAAACUAAGGUACCCCCCCCGAGAACCGUAUAUGAGAAUUUCAUCUCGUACGGCUCAAACAAAAAUACCCAAAUACUGGUUGUAAUGAAAACAGAUAUGUGUAAUAGAAAGCUUGAAACUUCUUAACGGAAUCCUAUGAUUCCAAUCUUUUCGGAAGAUAAGAAAAAAUAGAAAUCCGAAAACUAUUCUUUGUGGUUAUAAUGCCAAAAUAUCAAGUCGGCUCACUCGUCUUUAUUUACAGUAGGCCUCUUGAAUAUUCUAUUAUUUACUUCCAUUUUUUAUUUGUGUGUAAUGUUCUUUUUUUUACUGCUGUUUUCUUAAUUAUUAUUAUUGAUAGGAAUUCUCUUGUUAGGACCAUAUGAAUCAAUUAAAAAAAACAUCAGAUUCGUAUCAUGACCACGAUGAUUCAAAAAAAA